ACCACCACCACCACAGCCCCAACAUCACCGGAAGACAGUGUCAACGUCCUCCUUCUGGACACAGGAAACAGUCGUCUCUUGGUUGCUGAUGCAGCUACGGGACGUGUGAAGUCAGUGUUGGCAGGCAACGAGGCUCUUCGUGGUCAGGCUGCCACUGGCAUGGCUGUAGGAGCACGGGGACUGUGGGUUGUGAACUGGCGGGCAAAUGAGUUGAUGCUGUUGGAUUUGCAGUCCAAUGAGUGCGGUCGAACCGCUCGAUCACGUUCGGUGAUUAUCGUCUACCCUGAGGCGGCAUGGCGUGGAGCUAUUGCUGACUCCUCUUCCCGCCUCACCACCACCGGAGAAUCAGUGAUUGCAACAGGUGAGGGAGAACCGAAUCUGGGAGUGGUGGCGGGGGAGUUGGGCGUGAGUAUGAUGCGCCAGGCGAGAAGGCAGCCCUACACAUUGGAAGUGGAGCCAGCUCUGAGGCGACUGGCUGGACUGACGGCCCUACCCGAUACCUCGCCCUUCCUAGUAGCCGUCGACCUUGGUGGACAGUCGGCGCAUUGCCUCAGAUUCGUUUGA